AGCUGUUGGAAGGUCUUGCAAGCGAUAGCCAAAGAUGUUUGUCUUGCUCUAUGUUACAAGUUUUGCCAUUUGUGCGAGUGGACAACCUCGGGGUAAUCAGUUCAAAGGAGACAGCUACUCCCCAAGAUAUAUCUGUAGCAUUCCUGGCUUACCUGGACCUCCAGGCCCCCCUGGAGCAAAUGGCUCCCCUGGGCCCCAUGGUCGGAUCGGCCUUCCAGGACGAGAUGGUAGAGACGGCAGGAAAGGAGAGAAAGGUGAAAAAGGGGCUGCAGGUUUGAGAGGUAAGACUGGACCACUGGGCCUUGCUGGAGAGAAAGGGGACCAAGGAGAGACUGGGAAGAAAGGACCCAUGGGACCUGAGGGAGAGAAAGGAGAAGUAGGUCCUGUUGGGCCUCCUGGACCAAAGGGAGACAGAGGAGAGCAAGGGGACUCAGGGCUGCCUGGUGUUUGUAGAUGUGGAAGCAUCGUGCUCAAAUCUGCCUUUUCUGUUGGCAUCACAACCAGCUACCCAGAAGAAAGGUUACCAAUUAUAUUUAACAAGGUCCUCUUCAAUGAGGGAGAGCACUACAACCCUGCAACAGGGAAGUUCAUCUGUGCUUUCCCAGGGAUCUAUUACUUUUCUUAUGAUAUCACAUUGGCAAAUAAGCAUCUGGCAAUUGGGCUGGUACACAAUGGGCAGUACCGGAUAAAGACCUUUGACGCCAACACAGGAAACCAUGACGUGGCUUCAGGGUCCACAGUCAUCUAUCUGCAGCCAGAAGAUGAAGUCUGGCUGGAGAUCUUCUUCACUGACCAGAAUGGCCUCUUCUCAGACCCAGGUUGGGCAGACAGCUUGUUCUCUGGAUUUCUCCUAUAUGUUGACACAGAUUAUCUAGAUUCCAUAUCAGAAGAUGACGAGCUCUGAUGAGGACUGCUGGUCUGAAUGUCCCAAGAUCCUUGUGGCAGACACAUUGAUUUAAUCUGGGGCCCUGGAAGGUGGGACAAGCAGAAAUGAGAUCCAAAAAGACACCCACUCAUAUUCCAGAGAAUUUACAGACAGUUCUAGCAGAAUUUAUUAAAACAGGUUGAACCACCAAACCAUUGAAACCACACCAAAAUGAAUUCUAUAAAACAAU